CAACCGCAAGGCUACACGACAUACUAUGCAUAUGCUCCGCCUUCGCCUUGUGCACAAAGCUCUUCGUUCCAUUACCAAAUCCCCGUCAGCAGUGCAAUGCCGCUACUCUUCUGCGCGAAGUAACCUCAGCAGCGCAAGCGAUGAAGAGCUCCAAAUAGCGCGGUCCUGGCUCGCAAAGCUGCAUGCAGACGCGAUCCCCCUUAAAAGUAUCGGCCAAUUGAGCUUCAGCAGAUCCUCUGGCCCAGGCGGACAGAAUGUUAACAAAGUAAAUUCCAAAGCUACAUUACGCGUUCCCCUAGACACACUUUUACCACACAUCCCCACUGCUCUCCACGGCGAGAUUAAACGCUCCCGCUAUGUAGCUGCAAAAUCCAGUUCCAUCAUAGUCCAGGCGGAUGAUAGUCGCAAGCAGAGUGACAAUGCUCAGAACUGCUACAAGCGCCUGUUUGAAGCAAUUGUGGAGGCGGGGCACGACGCAGUGCCAAAUGAGACGUCCAUGGAGCAGGUGCAGCGUGUCAAGGAUCUGCAAAAGUCUGACAAUGAGCGUCGACUGAAGACCAAGAAGCAACACAGUGCGAAGAAGAGCUCGAGGAGGGGGGGUCGGGGUGAUGAUUGAUAUUGUUGCGGCUACCGUCGACCGUAUGUGUUGUAACAGCUCGAAAUUGGAUGUGUGAAGUGAUGAUAUCCAGUUGACCAAGAAAUAUCAGAGUCGAAUCUUCCUGAUUCAGUGCUCAACAUGCUGACGGGUCGUCUUGAAUCCUUCAUGUCUCCAACGCCUUAUGGAGACUCUGCAACUCCUCACUUUCGGCCCAGUACUUGAUGCCCGACUUUACCAACGCCUCUGCAUCGUCUCUUCUUCCCUCUUGCCGUAACGACUUGGCUAGAGUUGCCAC